UUCCACCUUGGCGGAAGGUGCAGCGGCUCACGGCACGCUUGCAGCAAAGCAACCGCAGGCUCUUCUGAAAAAGGAUGCUUGAGUCGUCUAACAGCGAUCUACAACAUGUCAGGAUCCGUUAUCACUUUGUGGCACGCAAUGCCAACGAGCUCUCCGUGCAGCAGGGCGAGGUGCUGGAGGCCUUGGAGAACAAUAAACAGUGGUGGCUGCUGAGGAACCGCAGCGGUCAGUCAGGCUACGUGCCGUGUAAUGUACUAGAAGAGGUCAAACCAGGAGAGCCACAGUACAACCGUGCUGCUCUCUUCAACAGCCAGGCUGUGAAUCCUUACAAAGGUACCUCUGCUGGCCCUGUAAAUCACGCAGAGGUUUUGGAGAUGAAUAAAUCCUCCCGGGAUAAAGAUAACCGCAACCAACAGAAGGAGGUAAAUGAUGAACUGCUGAAGAGGAUAACUGACAACAAGGCCCAGCCACCAGCUCGAAACUUUCGGGUGGAGCGCUCAAGUUCAUCCAUGCCCAUCAUGUAUGAAUCCCAGCCCUUUGAGGUCAAUGCUUGGCUCAACGCAAAGGGAUUCUCCAGACCGGUGGUGGAAUGUCUGGGUAUUCUGAACGGGGCUCAACUAUUUUCUCUCAGUAAGGAUGAGCUGAAAGCCGUGUGCGGGGACGAGGGUUCCCGUGUCUUCAGUCAGCUCAGUGUGCAGAAAGCUCAAUUAGAGAGGGGUCGUGGGGAUACAGAGCUGCAGGAGAUCAUGAGGCGACGACAACAGGAGGUGGAAGGCUCAACCUGGGACUGAUUACAGUCAAUCAAGCCGUCAGUCAUGGGCUUAUUUCAUCACAUUUUCUUCAAUAGUCUUGUUCACCCUACAAUCAACAGCCACCCAGAGGGGUUCAGAACAGAUGGACUAAACAACUCUAAUCAUUACUGAAGCCCAGUCCUGCCCAUUUCCUUUAUGACCUGCACAAUGUAGUGCUUAACAUACUAGUGCUUAAACUGAUGAACAUGAAUGCAUUGAGAAUGAAGUCUUUAACCUCCAUUUAUACCGAUGAAAAUGAGUUUGAUAGCAGGCCUUGACUUACGAUUGGUGCUUUUGAAGAGAUAUUUCACCCAAGAAAAAAAAGAAAAUGCUAGUAUUAUUUUAUUUCAAAACCUAUUUGCAGUUAUUUAUUUUUUUAUAUUUGCAGUUUUAAGUCAUUAUUCACUGUAGCUUUUAAAUGAAAUUUGACACUUUUCAAUGCAUCUCAUCAAAUGUGAUUGCUUCUGAGGGUGAGUGAAUAAUGAUUUAUUUAUAAUCAUUUUUGGAUAAACUAUUUAUUUAAUCUAACAUUUUAAACAACUCCCAUCUGUUUCUGCAUACAUAAUACAUGGUGAAUAAAAAAUAAAAUGACAUUAACUAUGCAGUGAAGGAUUGCAAUCUAUUAUCUCCUACUUUAUUCAGCUAAAUGACUACUUGAAUUGUCAUUGUAAACAAUGUAUUAUUUAUAUUAUUUUUUUUUUCAAAUCAUUAGUACACUCAUGCUUCACACUUCAUUAACACAAAUAAGAUCAUAUUUAUUCAUGUUUACGAUUAGAGACUAUCAUACUUGAUAAUAAGACACAUAAGAGCUCAUAGAUGUAUUUUGAAACAUUCCUUGUACACUAUCCGUACCUUUGAAUUAUGACUAUGAAUAUGUCUUUUGUCAUUAAGCAACAACAAUUAAACAAUAAACAAACUA